UUGCGCGAUUGUCCAACCUGGGACGCUGUUGUAGUCUUCUCUCAUUACUCUCUCUGCUUGUUCAGCCGUCACAGUACGGCCAAGCACCCUCACUCCUUAACCAAGCUAGAGCCUUUUGCGCUCCUUUUCCACUUCAUCAUGAGGGCUAGCAUGCUUUCUUUUCCUGCCGCUGUGACUCUCGGCCUGCUGGCUGCUUGUCAAGCGAAGCCGACUGGCAACUACCGGCAUCAAUUGCUUCAUGCUGAGCGCCGUGCGGAACAACUGCUGACAGUCGUGGACACUUCUGUGUCAUCUCCGACCGUAGUCCCCAAGGUUGUGGUCUACAAAGGCAAGGACGGCUCUAGUCAGCAAACUGCCACAAGAGACGUCUUGUUUGUGCCUGCCGAGACUCAAGUCGUCACUCUUGAAUCUGCGGACUCGACACCCAACGCCGCCUCGACUCUUAAAAACGAUGUUCCUGCUGCCACGGGCAGUUCCGAUGCCGGGUCCAGCUCGGCUGCGAGCAGUCUCCCAGGCAUCGCCUACGCCCCGUACACUGCAUCGGGUGGCUGUAAGACAGCCGAUCAGGUCCAUGAUGACUUUGUUACUUUCACGGGAAAGUACUCGAUGGUCCGCAUUUACGGAAUCGACUGUGAGCAGGUGGCCAAGGUUGUCCCGGCUGCCAAAAAAGCUGGCCUCAAGCUCUUCCUUGGCAUUUUUGAGCUUGCAGGCAUCGAUCAGCAAGUCGCGUCCAUUGUUGAAGCCGUCGGUGAAGAAUGGUCGAUCGUCGAUACUGUCAGCGUUGGCAACGAGCUUGUGAACAAAAAGGCUGCCACUCCCUCCCAGGUGGUCUCGGCUAUGAGUCGAACUCGCUCGCUCCUCAGGGAUGCCGGUUAUAAAGGCCCUGUCGUCACUGUGGACACCUUCAUUGCUGUUCGGGACAAUCCUGAGUUGUGUGACGAGUCUGAUUACUGCGCUAUGAAUGUCCAUCCAUUCUUUGACGGAAACACUCCGGCUGAUGAAGCAGGCUCCUUCAUCACCCGCGUGGUAUCUGAGGUGCAGUCGAAACUAGCCGAUCCAUCCACGCGCAUGGUUGUCAGUGAGACUGGAUGGCCGUGGCAGGGAACUGUGAACCGCGUUGCGGUUCCUGGCCGCAGCCAACAGAGCAUCGCCAUCGAGUCAAUCAGGGCCGCCUUUUCAGACCAUCCUGGCGACCUUUUCCUCUUCUCUGCAUUCAACGAUCCCUGGAAGCCCGUCUCCGCCGAUACUUUCAACGCUGAGCAAUUCUGGGGCAUUGAUGGCCUCGACUCGUCGUCCUAAGGUGCCCAAGGCAUGCUCGGGACAGGCAUUGUUACCAAGGCUCGGUUCGGUUUAUAGUGAUGUCGAUGUCGUGGGGCUUCGGAAUUGGACUACAGCAAAUACGAUGGACAUGCCCGGCAAUUAGAUCUCGGCCACUUCUCAAAGCAGCAGAGCGACCAGCAAUGUAUCGACAGUCAUUUCAUCUUUAGUUCUAUCCUGAUACACAUAUAGGGUCAAGAGAACUCACUGCAU